UACGAAAGAUAUCAGUCAUUAAAGAGCGCUUAGAGUGCUAUAUUCAAAUUAGGCAUCCAAGAAACCACCUCUGCAGAGUGAUGAAAUUCAAGCUGUUUGCUUCAGCGAUUUUUCUUUCGGCGGCGAUUCUAUCGUCACAAGCUCAACUGUUGUGUUACCACUGCGAUGACUGCCUCGUAGAUGUUGCCGUAAUUCAGCCAUGUGGCUUCGGAGAUACCGUUCUUACACCACCAACAUGGGAUCAAACUGUAUCUGAUGGUGCUACAAAUCCACUAGAUCCCAUAUUAACUCCUCCAGGUGGCGAUGUAGGAGGUAGCACUUCAAAUCCGUUAGACCCAAUACUGACCCCUCCGGGUGGCGAUGUAGGGGGUAGCACGUCAAAUCCGUUAGACCCAAUAAUAACUCCUCCAGGUGGCGAUGUAGGGGGUAGUACUUCAAAUCCGUUAGACCCAAUAAUAACUCCUCCAGGUGGUGAUGUAGGAAGUAGCACUUUAAAUCCGUCGGACCCAAUACUGACUCCUCCGAGUGGCGAUGUAGUGGGUAGCACUUCAAAUCCGUUAGACCCAAUAAUAACUCCUCCAGGUGGCGAUGUAGGAGGUAGCACUUUAAAUCCGUCAGACCCAAUACUGACACCUCCGAGUGGCGAUGUAGGUAGCGGCACUAGCAUAGCAAAUCCGAUUGAUCCUAUUCUCACCCCACCAACAAAUCCGAAAGAAGCUGGCGUGGCGGAUGAUCAACAGUAUGUCUGCCUAAUGGCUAGUUCUAUGGUCGAUAAUCGUCGAGUAAUUCGUCGUGGGUGUACUCCACUAGGUGCUACUAGUGACGAAACGUGCCUACGAGCAACCGGAGGAGCCCACAGAGAGUGUGCCAUUUGUGAUAGCCAACUUUGUAAUUCGGGUGUCUGAAUUUAGUGCCUAUAUGUUUAUCACUUGAAUUAUAGAAGUGUAAAAAAUUCAAAGAAAAAAAUUAUCUCGCAGGUAUCUGUACCAGCGGGAUGUUUCGAA